ACGAUACUGACCAUAACCUCAAGCUACCUUGUCGUCGGAUUCUGCGAUGACAAAGCCCCUUUGCAUCGGAUGCUUGGCUGGGACGCCGGCUCUUGGGGUUUCCACUCAGACGACGGCUGUCUCUACGAAGACGGGAAACAAUCAUGGAAGGGAAUCCUAUACAGUGAUCCCUAUACCGGAGGCGAGGUCAUCGGCUGCGGCGUGAAUUUUGCCGAGAAUACCGCCUUCUACACGAGAGGGGGCAAGGUCGUAGGAGAUACAGUCACAGAAGCGAAGAUCAUCGGGCGGGCAUUCCAGGAUAUCCGCGGGAAACUAUAUCCUGCGGUUUCCAUGGACAUCACUCAGGAAGGCUGGGAGAUCACGGCCGUUUUCCCGGGCAAGGAUGGGACGUCUCCCGAUUUCAUUUUCCAGGGUGAUUUGGAGAGUAGCGAGACUCUUGCGCCCCCGGUGAAGAAGGACGAUAGUUCUACGAGUGAUGAUGCUGAUUCUGGGAGUGAGAUUGUUGUUAUUGAAGAUUAGUAGUAAUGAGAGAAUCAAGCUUUGGAUUUUCAGAAGCUCGUAGUUCCCGGCCGCAAAAGGGUUGUAUGAUUUCAGCGAGCCUGGACUAGACAUGAAGUUGCGUCAGUGCUAGCGCUGGAUCAGUCUCCAAGGAGGUUGGUUUUAAUUCUCAAUCUCACUACCCCGCCUUCUUGAUUAGGCAAGUGGGGUGAUAUAUUAAUAUUUUUUUUUUCUGAUAUGAGGUAUCCAUGAGUUGGAUGGGGGUACUUUGAUAAUAGUAUCGCCUUU